GUAGAAUACCAGAUUUAUCAGAUCCUCUGAAGCCUGAACCCCCGAGUCGCCGAUCGAACAAGAACAACCCGAUGGAGUCCGAGGCUGACAAGGCCGCCGCACCGGCGCUGGCGCCGGCAGCGGCCGCGGAGGCGAGCGACGACGCGAUUCAAGAGGAGUCAACGUCCCCGGCUCCCAACGGGAAGCCUGGAUCGGAGGCGCCGGCCGGGCCGGAGGUUGAGGUGAAGCUGUUCCGGCGUGGGCGCGGGCCGGUGGCCGAGUUCCGGUCGCCGCUGGGAGGGUACACGCAGGACCAGCUGGAGGUGGGGGACAUCCUGGAGCGGCACGGCCUCAAGUCCGUCUUCGUCUUCGACCCCGUCUCCCGCACCCGCGGCGUCGCCAUCCGCUUCCACCCCCGCAACGGCCGCUCUCUCCUCCCCUACGUCUCUGGUUCCACCAUCUUCCUCGACGGCGAGCCCAAGGAUUCUUUGCUGAAGCCCGUUACGAAGGUGAUGAUCGGCGUUGCGGCUAUGACCGCAGUUGCUGCAGUGUUACUGAAGGAGGCGAAGAUGCCCGAGUGGCUGAAGGGAUCCAAGCUCGGGAAUCUGAACUUCCCACCAUGGGUACUGGCUUGCAUGGUCAUUGUGUUCAUGAGGCUCCGGAAGAGAACCAAGGAUGCCAUGAAAAAGUUUGGCUGGUCCUCAUGAGGCUCUUAACGGCAAGCACGGUGUGCUUUUGGGUGCUCCUUCCAAUUUGUCUCCAAUACUGGAGAUGUGCCAAGCAUUGACACGCUAAAGGAAGAACUAUUACCAAAAGAGCACUUGUAUUAACCUUGUUUUGCAUACUUGACGUGGUUUACUCGAUGAUAGUUUUUUCUGUCUUGUACCUAGUGUCCAUGAAUAAGAAAUAGCAGAACAAACCUAUAUUAUCAUCUCUUCCUGCACGCUAAUUGGUUUCUGGAAGGCUGCCCAAGUAUUCCUUAGAUGCUGGUAGCUUCAUAGUUCAUGCCCUGUAGAAAAACGUGGACUUUCAGUUUACAAGACAAUGAUCUUUGAUUUUUCCA